UUUUUUAGGUACCGAGGGGUAAGACAAUGGGAAAUUCUUUCAUGGAGACAUGAUACAUUCAUUAUCUUGAUAGAUGCUCAAAAAAGCACACAUGUUAUGUGAAGUUUCGAAUCUGAUAACCUCUCAAGCUUUCUCCUUUUGGCUAUGGCGUCGCCUACCAGCCUCCCUUAUUAUCAAACAUCAUCCUCCUCUUUAUUAUUUUCUCCGUUUAAACAGAAGAAAAGAAGAACAAGAAGAGUAAAUACUGAUGAAAAUAUUAACGUUGGAAAUGACGAAGGGUUCAACUGCAACUGCAGUUAUUUUAGUGAUCAUGGCCGUGAUUUUAGCAUUGGGUUUUCUAGAAGCAGCUACUGAUCCCAUGGACUUGCGAUCACUCCAAGUUAUAUACACGUCACUGAACAGUCCUUCAAAGCUGACUAGCUGGAAGGCUAAUGGUGGAGAUCCUUGUAGAGAGUUGUGGAGAGGAGUUGCUUGUCAAGGCUCCUCUGUUGUCUCAAUUGACAUUUCCGGACUUGGACUGAAUGGAACAAUGGGUUACAUGCUCGAUGGUCUCAAAUCACUAAAAACACUGGAUAUGAGUGGUAACAACAUUCAUGGCUCAAUACCUUAUCAGUUACCAUUGGAUCUCACCAACUUGAAUCUUGCAUCCAAUCAUUUAAGUGGGAGUAUUCCUUAUUCAAUCAUUGACAUGGUGUCUAUUAAUUAUCUAAAUCUUAGCAGGAACUCUCUCCAUCAAUCUGUUGGAGAUGUGUUUACUAACCAUUCCGACCUUGCAACCUUGGAUCUUUCUUUCAACAAUUUUAGUGGAGAUCUUCCUCCUUCCAUUGGUUCAUUGUCAAAUCUGGCCAUACUUUACUUGCAGGGCAACCAACUGUCUGGUACACUUGAUGUUCUGGUUGAUUUACAUUUGAUUGAUUUGAAUGUUGCAAACAAUAAUUUCAGUGGAUUGGUACCAUAUGAAAUGAUUUCAAUUCCGAAUUUCAUGUGAGCAUUACAUUUACUAAUGUAAAAAAUGUUUACAUCCGGG